GGUGCCUCGGUCUAUUACGACCGCCCUACACUUUGGACGCGAAAGCCAUCGGAACCCUCAACCGGACGCAUACUGCUUUCAGUUCUAGCGCAUCCCAUGAAUCUUGAGCUACUUGAGGCUUUUCACCAGAGUUACCCGGAGGCUGCUGAUGGUCAUCUAGAACGAAUUAAGAAGGACGAUGGGAAGGAUGGCGGAUGUGCUACCUACACAAUUACGCUCCAGUUCAAUCGUAUUGGUAGUCUUCUUGCGAUUGGGUGCAAUGAUGGCAGAGUGGAGCUUUGGGAUUACGUAACUCGAAGGAUUUCAAAGGUAUUGAUUGCGCACACGCAUCCUGUUUGUUGCCUAAGCUGGAGCCGUGAUAGUCGAAAGCUGCUUACUGCUUCAACAGAUAAUACGGUCUCCAUUUGGAAUGUCAUCUCCAGCGAUUGUGAGCGUACUUUCCGCUUUCCUUGCCCCGUGUUAAAGGCGCAGUUUAACCCGCGGAAACCUGACCAAUUCCUAGUUUGUCCCAUGCGCCAUCCGCCUGUUGUUAUCCACGUUUCUUCGGGUGAACCAACCAUCAUUCAACCGGAAGAUGAGAAUGACCCCAGUAUUGUCGCCUCUUAUGAUAGACGUGGUAGGUACAUUUACACAGGGAACUCCAAGGGCCGGGUUUGCAUCUAUGAAACGGACAAAUUUCAAAUGGUUGCCUCUUUCCGACCGGCAUCUUCAGCUAAUGCUGCUGUGAAAUCCAUAGAAUUUGCCCGACGAGGCGAAUGUUUUCUCCUCAAUUGUUCUGAUCGCGUAAUUCGAGUGUUCAGCUGUGCUGAUGCCGUCUCAGCCAAUGGUUGUGAGUUAGAACCGAGGAAAAAGCUGAAGGAUUUGGUUACAGGAAGUCAUUGGCGAAAAUGUUGCUUUUCGGGAGACGGAGAAUAUAUUUGUGCCGGUUCCAUGAAGCAACAUUCCAUCUACAUUUGGGAGAGGAGCAGCGGUACUCUCGUGAAAAUCCUGCACGGUCAAAAGGGGGAAACUCUGUUAGAUGUUGUCUGGCAUCCAUUGCGGCCCAUCAUCGUAUCUAUCUCUAAUUCAGUGACAAAAGAGCAAGUGUCCAUCUGGGCUCAGACACAAGUUCAAAAUUGGUCGGCCUUUGCUCCUGACUUCAAAGAACUCGAUGAGAAUGUCGAGUAUGAGGAACGUGAAUCAGAGUUCGACGUAGAAGAUGAAGAUAAGGAUGUAGAGGAACAUAAAGGUGGCGAAGAAGAGGAUGUGGAGGUUGAUGUGGAAACAUUGGAGCCGGUCGCUGCUCUGUUAAGCAGCGAUGAAGAUGUGGAAUGUGAGGAUAUUCUCAUGUACUUAUCCAUCUCACCAGAAGUGGACAAUCCUGAUGAUUUAUCUGGUGGUGAGGAACACGUAGAAUAUGGUAUGGUUGGUAUGAAGAAACCCUCUGACUCUCCUGCGCGUCCAUCGGAGCCUCCGACAAAGCAGGCAAAGAGAAAAGACAGUUCUGUUAACAGCACCUCCUCGGUUGUACCUAGCAUUAAUAUCAAUCUUCCUGGGGCGCACAGCGAUGAGGUUCACCCCAUAGUCAGUAGCCGAAGAUCGUCCUCCAAAUCACUCGUCUCAGAUGGUGCAAAACAUGGUGGUGGUUCUACCUCUGCAGGGUACGGAUGCAUCGGGGCACGCAAAACGGGGACGCGUCAACGAGAACGAGGCAAAGUGCGCAAAUAAUCGGUUUCUGUCGACUGCCUCGUUUGCAUGUACAUUCUUGAAUAUCUUCCUUACACUUCAUGUAAAAUUCAUACCAACUACUGUGUGUAGCCAUUUUUUCGUCUUCGGCGGCUCGUUUAACUUGUUCCACCGCAAGAACCUGUCAUUGACGCAAUGAACAAGCUUUAUACGGAUUACAAACAAUACGUUACAAAUCCCAUUGAAUAAUCUGUUGGGUUACCGUAAAAGUUUAUAAAAACAGUUAGUAUCGAA